UUGAAUAUAGAUGCAGUUGGUGUUCUGUCGUCUUUUGUUUCCUUGAGUUCAUAGAACACCGACUGUUCAUUCUCUCUUCCAUCUCAGCUUCCCUGAACCAUUCUCUUUGGAUCUCCUCUAUCCUUGGAUGCUUGUAUCUAAUCGAUUAUCUAAUCUACCCAAACACUCAAUCCUCCUUCAAUCUGCAUCUGCUGCGACAAAAAAGUGAAGAGGAACUCUUCUGCAACCUCAAUCCAGAUUCCAGAUGGGGAGCUCACCCAACGACUUCUCGGUGGUAGUUUUGCCAUCCGACUACGGUAUCGACGCCAGGCCAUUCCUGACGAACCAACAGAGAGCCGCUGUUGAGGAAGAAGAAGAGCAAGAGAAUUGGCACGACUGCCCUCAGAACCUCUCCUCCGAUGAGGACUUCUCCGAUCUCGAGCUCCUGCACUUCUUUCGUCGCCAAGGCCGUGAUAAAUCUGGAAACCUCAUUUUCCGCAUCGUCGGAAAAUACUUUCCCGCUCCAGUUGUGGGUGGGGAUAGGCUAAAGAGGUACAUAUGCAACAAAUUAUGCAGUGACUCUCCAGAAGGGCCAUACUGCAUUGUUUACAUGCAUAGUACUGUGCAAAAGGAGGAUAACUCCCCUGGAAUGACUAUCUUGAGGUGGAUUUAUGAAGAACUUCCUUCUUAUUUGAAGGACAGGCUUCAAGUUGUGUACUUCGUUCACCCUGGACUUCGCUCUAGGCUUGUCUUUGCCACUCUUGGCCGAUUUUUCUUAAGUGGAGGCCUAUAUUGGAAAAUCAAGUAUGUAAGCCGCUUGCAGUACCUUUGGGAUGAUAUAAAGAAAGGAGAGAUUGAGAUUCCAGAAUUUGUGAAAAAUCAUGAUGAUGUUCUUGAGCAUAGGCCAUUAACAGAUUAUGGGAUCGAACCUGACCCUCUUCACAUGAUUGAGGUGCCCUCAACCGCUUAUUCAUUUGGAAGGUACGAGGAGAGAUGGGCUUCUAGAGAAUAUAUGUCUUAGGCGCUAUAAAAAUAGAAGAUUCCUAAUAAACUGAGAUUUUUCACAUGGUUGUGGGUUGGGAUGUGGCUACCAUAUGCGUAUGCCCGCUCUGUACAUAGUUGUCUUGAAGUUAUCUUCUGCAUCGGAAGUUCAAGUAUUAAGGACUGUGAUUGGUUAGUAUCUGUAUGCUUGUUAAUUGUCAAAUGUUUAGACAGUUGCUUGUAUGGAGUAUGAGCCAUGCUUUCUCAAGUAAUGGUUUACAUAAAUGGUGGUUGUACUAUCACUAUGUAUUUGUGCCUUUA